UUACGCUUGGACGGCAGUGCGCGCCUGAACGUCGUACGGUGCGUCUCGUUCUUUCGUUCGUUCUUUUUUCCUUCUUUUUUUCACUUUUCAUCUCUCUCUCUCUCUCGAAUGAGAAAAAUCGUCGGUGCGUCGUGCGGUGUCAAUUUUAUUCGAAUUUCCACUUUUCUGCCUUUCCUUUUUUUUCUCUCUUUCCUUUCUAACUGUGAUUUAAUAAUCGAUGUAUAUGUGAACGGCAAGCUCGCUCGCAAGAGACAGACUGACGGAGAGAAAGAGAAAGAGAGAGAGAGAGAUUAAAGAAAACGUGAAAAAUGUUCGUUAACUUUCAAAAUAAAACCACUCGUAUCGUUCUAUCCGUCGUACGUAAUCUGAUACGUGAAAUUGAGUAAAUAAAAAGGUUUUCACGGGCGAACCAAUAUAAUCGAGGAAGGAUAAACCAUCAACGGUCGCGACGAUUAUUAUUUUCUUCGGGAUAGGAGGGUGGAGGGGGGGACUAACUGUGCAUAUGUAAUAUAUACAUAUAUGUGUGCGUUUGAGAAAAGAGAUAAGUUGUGUUGUGUGCUACUGCGAUGAAGGAAAGGAACGCGUUACUGGAUUGAAACUGCUUCGUCGUCCGAAAGAAAGAAAGAAAGAAAGAGAGAGAAAGAGAGAGAGAGAGAGAGAGAGAAAGAGAAAGAAAGAAAGAGAGAGAGAAAGAGAAAGAGAGAGAUCAUCGCCAUGGCGCCCCCAGACAGGCACAGAUCGCCUCGCCCUGGCUCAGGUCUCAGCCUCUCCGUUCUUGAUCUGGCGCAGAUUCGUGCUUUGGUCGAAUCGACGGGAAUGCUUGGUGGUUCGACAUGUCCUUCCUGCGAGAUGCCCUUCGACAAAGGGAAAAAACGACGACUGAUCGAUUCCUGCGGGCACGAGAGAUGUUACUCUUGCCUUUUCCGUAGCGAGGCUUGUCCACUGUGUAUGAGGGCAGAACAUCAACGAGCGGAUCUCAAUGGCGACGAUGAGGAAGACGAAGAAGGUUUGAUCGAUGGUAGAACCUUCGGUGAGGAGUUCGUCGUCGGUUCUACCAUCGAACCUAUGUCAACCCUUUUACCUAUCGAUGGUGCUUGGAUCGAUGAUUCAUCGACGAUUAACUCACUUUGCGGCAGUCCAAGGCCACGGAGUAAACUCACGACGCGGGCCAAUCUAACGUCUAGAACAAUCCACCAACGAGACAACCUGGCUGACAACGUUUCAACCGGGGAGCAUGCUAAAGGAUCGAAAAGUAAAAUGAACUCGCCGUUGAACUCUCAUACUCGACAAAAACCUCAAAUGAUGACUCAGAGUUGUCCUACGCCGCCCAAUCAACGAAGAAGAUUCUUUCUGAAUCCUAAAGUAUUGAGAAGUUCCUUUGGACCGCAAAGAUCGUCCAGACGUGGAACCUCCUCACCUGAACCACCCACGGCUGAUAAUCCUUCUGCAUUGUCAGCAUGGAUGGCAUCAUCUUGGGAAGGAAAAUCAAGAUGGCCAGGUCUGGUUCUGGGAAAAAUCAAAUCUUUAUGGAGCAACAGUCAAGGAACGGCAAACGAUGGACUUAAUCAGCUAAUCGAUUCUUCCAAUAAACUUGCAGACGACGAAGGUGGUUGCGUGAAACCGUUGUCCUCGAAAACACGAAAGUCCUCGCAAUCGGAUCUUUACAUGAGGUUGGGUCUAUUGCUCGGUGGUAACCAUGGACGAGAAAAUUCACCGGUUGAUACUACGAACUAUUUUACGAGUGCGUCCAAUCGUGUUCCCGUUAAUACUGGUAUUCAAAGAGCACCCAUGCAAGGUCACGAUAGUUCGGCAGCAUCGUUCAGCAGUUUAACGAGCUUCGAGACGCAAACUCUCGCAUCGACCAAUACCAGUCCAGUAUCAACGUUAACAGGUACAUCGAGCGAAACCGAAGCCGCUGCUGCUUUACGUUCAACGAAUAAACCGAAGAGCAAGAUAAAAGGAAAAAUAAAGUCGAGAGAUUGCGACAGUGCCGGUAGUUUGGUAUCAAUCUCAACCUCGGCAUCAGCUUCUACGUCGAUGUCGAUGUCGAUGUCAGUUUCCGUUUCCGGUCUUUCGAACGGUAGUUCGAGCCCGUUAACACCAAGAAGACAUUCCGUUAAUGCCUCGCAAUCGAAUCAACCCAAUGAGGAAGUAAAUCAAUUUAAGAACCGACGAACCUGCGUUAGAAGAUCGGCCAGGGCUGGUAACGUCAAGGGAAGCAUCGACCCCAAACUACGCUUCGUACAGCAUCACGCCACGUCACAACUGACACUUAAGCCAUUAUUCUUCGAAGUUCCUCUUCUCGAAACCGAGCCCUUAUUCACAGGACGUAUCUGGCUACUUCACGAAAUAUUAUCCGUGAUAAACAGUUCGAGUCCUGGUAUAUUAAUAUCCGGAUCACCUGGUACAGGUAAAACGGCAUUGGUAUUGCAGUUGGUGGAACAUAGUUGUUUUGGAAGGCGACGCGUGCAACCGGUUCCGCCGGAAAUAACCGAGGAGAUCGAGAACGAUAGAGAAAAAUCAAAUGCCUCGAGUACUCUUCAAUCGAAUGUUAGGCGCACCAAUGAAAAGGUUCGAGAAUUAGCGUCCCACGUCGUGGCUUAUCAUUUUUGUCAAGCCGAUAACAACAGCACCUGUCUUGUACCAGAUUUGAUUCAUUCGUUAGCCGCACAAUUAUGUCAGGCACCUCAGCUGAUCGCUUACAGGGAAUAUUUAUUAUCCGAACAACAUCUACAAGGCUCCCUGUCGCAAAGAGAGUGCACCGUAGAUCCGGAUCUUGCUCUUUCAAGAGGCAUCAUCGAGCCGCUCUUAACAUUAAGAAAAGCUAACAGAUUGCCUGAAUCUACGAUGGUAAUUCUCAUCGAUGCCGUUUGCGAAGCAGAAUAUCACAGACCGGACAGAGGUGACACAAUAGCGUCCUUCUUAACAAGGCACGCACCUAAUUUUCCAAGCUGGCUUAAGGUCAUUUGUACGGUUAGAACACAAUUAUUGGAAUGCGCGAAACAACUCCCUUAUACCAGGAUAUCAUUGGACAAAACUUCAAACGAUGUUGCUGGCAACAACGUCACGAAGGAUUUGUCCGAUUACAUUGGUUAUAGACUCGCUCAAAGUCCUGCGAUACAGACUAACGUAACCGCAUCCGUUAAUGGAAAAACGGAAUCAUCAUGUAGCGCCAAUCAAACGAGAUUUGCCUCGCAUUUAUUAACACUCGCCAGAGGAAGUUUUCUCUUCGCCAAAUUAACCUUGGAUCUCAUCGAAAGUGGACAUCUCGUUGCUAAAUCAGCGAGUUACAAAGUUCUACCAGUUUCCCUCGCACAAAUCUUCCAAUUACAUUUCAACCUGAGAUUUCCAACGGGGACCUCCUUCGACAAGGUCCAACCUCUUUUGGGCGUAUGUCUGGCUGCAUUGUAUCCCCUAACUCUACUAGAAAUUUAUUAUUCGAUAAAUUCGUUAACUACGAAUCACUUCGUUUCCUGGGAGGACUUCAUGCAGAGAUUCAAGAUGCUCUCUGGGUUUCUCGUGAAACGACUAGACGACACAUAUAUGUUCUUUCACCCGUCGUUCAGGGAAUGGUUAAUGAGAAGAGACGAAGGUGAAUCUACUAAGUUUCUCUGCGACCUGAGACUCGGCCAUGCAGCUAUUGCGUUUAGAUUAUCGCGUCUACAGGCACCAUUGGACGGUGAAAAAGCUUUGGAGCUUGGCCAUCACGUUUUGAAGGCACACGUUUACAGAGGUGUUGCCCCUUGUUGGCCAUCACGCGAUUUACAAGCAAUCUGGCUAGCCUCAUCCACGGAAUGCGUUUCCUCGGCACUGUGCACAUUACGUAAUAUUUAUAGUCCGAAUGUAAAAGUAUCAAGAUUGCUUCUGCUGGCAGGAGCAUCACCGAAUCACGUAACCGAAUACUUGGGCAACGCACCGGUUCUUUGUAUGUACGCUCACGAAGGUUCAGUAGAGAUGGUCUCGCUUCUUCUCGAAUUUGGUGCGGACGUUGAAUUAACUAAUAGCCAAGGUUGCACGGCAUUGUCUCUCGCGGCAGCACGAGGUCAUUGUGACGUUGUUAGAAGAUUAGCCGCAGCUGGAGCUUCCCUUGGUCACGUCGACAUGGCAGGACAAUGUCCAUUGGUACACGCAGCGCGACACGGUAAAUUGUCCGUAGUUGGUUAUCUCUUGGCGUGCGAUUGGCUCGUACCGAGCGGUUUAAAAAUCUCCGAAAACGUGUCGUCGGAGAUAAGAAGGGAAGAGGCUGCUCAGCAAGCGGUCGUCGCAGCUGCUGCUCAAGGUCACGAGUCGAUCGUCGAGUAUUUGUUGGACAUGGCCGAGGUUAUAGUCGAUUUACCGGACACGUUGAUCGGUGAAACCGCUUUGACGGUUGCCGCAGCGAAUGGCUCGACUACAACAGUUUCCGCACUUUUGGCUCGUGGUGCUAGCCCGUUGGCUGUUAACGCUAAAGGUCUCUCGCCGUUGAUGCUGGCCGCGAGAGAAGGUCAUUGGGGUACCGCUGAAAGACUCUUACAAGGAACUCUCUCAAGCAGUACCGACACUGUCCUCGAUGACGCGUUAACGUUAUUGGACCAACGCGACCCUUCUGGUCGUACGGCGUUGAUGUUAGCUGCCUCGGAAGGUCAUACCAAUCUCAUCGAAAUGUUUCUCGAUAAAGGAUCCGUAAUCGAGGCCAAAGACAAGGAAGGCCUUACCGCUCUUUGUUGGGCAUGCGUUAGAGGAAGAUUAACCAGCGUACAAAAUCUUCUCGAUCAUAACUCUGACGUUAACACGAGCGACAACACCGGUAGAACACCUUUGGAUUUAGCCGCGUUUCAGGGUAAUCCAAAGCUCGUGCAAUUGUUACUUGAGAAAGGAGCUGCUGUCGAACACGUUGACUUGCACGGCAUGCGACCAUUGGACAGAGCAAUCGGAUGUCGCAAUAUACCGGUUGUACAAUGUUUCUUACGACGAGGUGCCAAACUCGGACCAGCUACUUGGGCAAUGGCCGCUGGAAAACCCGAUGUCUUGCUUAUAUUGUUGAACAAACUUCUGGAGGAUGGAAAUGUACUUUAUCGAAAGAGUCGUUUAAAGGAGGCCUCUCAUCGAUACGCAUACGCUCUUAAAAAAUUUCCUAUCUCGCCUGAGGAGGAUUGUCAGGGACAGGAACAGGGUCACAUGAUAUUGCAACUUCAGAGUUUUGCUCAAUUGCGAUUGAACUUCUUCCUGAAUCUUAGCCGGUGCAAGCGCAAGAUGAACGAAGGUGCAGAAGCCAUUGAGCUUGCCGAAGAAGCAUUGAAAGUCCGACCAACGUCUUACGAAGCGUUUUACGCGCGUGCAAAAGCUCGAGUUGACGUUGGUUUGCUCGAGGAAGCUAUGUCGGACGUACAGGAAGCAUUACAAAUAGCACCGGCACAAAAUCGUCAGGACCGUCGAGUUUUAAUCGUUCUAAGGGAUGAAAUAGUCUCACGAAUCGACGAGGCUAAUGCGAAUAAAGAAUCAAACGAUUGUAAUAAUCGAUCGCGUCUACGUGCUUCCGUCGACACUCUUACGGAAUUAUAAAUAUUAUUGAGAUAUCGACACUCGAUCUACAAAGAGAAAAAAGAGAGAAAGAUAGAGAGAGAGAACAUUUUUUUUAUUUCUUUUUAACAACCCCCGUUAUCGAUAAUUUCCGAUCGUCUCGAAUUUAAGGCUUAAUGACGAUGAUUUUUAUUAUUAUUAAUAAUAUUAUUAUUAUUGCUAUCAUUAUUAUUAUUAUUAUUAUUAUUAUUAUUAUUAAUAUUAUUAUUAUUA